UACAACAAAAACCCGCUUCUCUUUCCUCUCAACUGUGUAAAAUCAUUCGCAUCUGAUCUUGCGCGUUUCAUUCGAUCGCUCUCGAAAUUCGCUUCCUUCUCAAGAUCCGAUCUUCAUCACCCCAGAUUUAAGCUUCAGCGAAUCAGAAAUGGCGGCGGUUGUAGGACCGGAUCCGUUGUUCGGAUUGAGGAACAAUUUUUACGUGGGGGCGUACCAGGGCGCAAUCAACAGCAGCGAAAUCCCUAAUCUCUCGCCCGACGACGCCGUUGAGAGGGACUGCCUCGUCUACCGCUCUUACAUUGCUCUCGGCAGCUAUCAGCUCGUGAUAAGUGAGAUUGAUUCAUCUGCGGCGACGCCGCUUCAGGCGGUGAAAUUAUUGGCUGUAUAUCUCUCCAGCCCUAACAACAAGGAAACAGUAAUUUCAAGUCUCCAUGAGUGGUUGGCAGAUCCUGCAGUUGGAAGCAACCCCAUCUUACGUCUCAUUGCCGGGACCAUAUUCAUGCAUGAACAGGACUAUAAUGAAGCUUUGAAGCAUACAAAUGCUGGUGGAACAAUGGAGUUGCACGCUUUAAAUGUCCAAAUUUUUCUCAAGAUGCACCGUUCAGAUUUUGCCGAGAAACAAUUGAGAGUCAUGCAAGCGGUAGAUGAAGACCACGCACUAACUCAACUUGCUAAUGCAUGGCUCAACUUGUCUGUGGGUGGUUCAAAGAUCCAGGAGGCAUAUCUUAUUUUCCAAGAUUUCUCAGAGAGGUACCAAAUGACCAGCUUGGUCCUGAAUGGCAAGGCUGUUUGCUGCAUGCACAAGGGGGAAUUUGACGAGGCAGAGACCCUUCUGCUUGAGGCCCUUAACAGAGAUGCUAAGGAUCCAGAGACCCUUGCCAAUCUGGUUGUUUGUAGUCUUCACCUCGGUAAACCAUCAUCGCGCUACCUCAGCCAAUUGAAACUUUCUCACCCAGAACACACCCUCGUUGUACGUGCAUCUGCAGCGGAGGAAGCUUUUGACAGAGCAGUCCAAACUGUCGCAUGAAGCAGUGGAGUAGCUGCAACGCGAUUGCUUCUCGUCUGUCAAUGAAAGUAUAUUUUUGGUGUAACGACUUGCGAAGACACAUUUGUGGGAUGUUGUAUCCUGUUGAAUGACACUGUAUUUGAAGUUCAGCUGAGAGUACACACUAUAUUGGAUAAUCAAGACUGGUAUAUUUGAGCCUCAGAGUUACAUAUGGCUUUGUACAAUUGUAGAAUCUAAAUCUGUUAGCAAAGUCUUGUUAUAAACUUGAAUUCUCAAACAAUGAUGAAUUAUUACAAACAUUCAAACUCUAUCUUACGUAAA